CCCAGCUGAUCCCCGCUGCUGGCCAAAGCCCGGCACCUUCCCAGGCGGUCCCUGCUGCCGGACACGAGUUGCAGCUGAGACCCCAACUGUAGGUGUUGGCUAUGGCUGCAGUUUAUCAAGCACUGCACAGAAGAGCUUCCUCUCUCCUCUGCAGGUUACACUCCACCUAUGUUAGAAAAAUGAGAUACUUAAACAAGCUAAAGGAAGAUGACAGUCUUUGUAGACAAGCCCAGACCUCAGGAACUUUCUACCUCUUUCACAAUCUCUCGCCUUUCCUGCAGAAAGCUGGGAAGAAAUAUUUGGUGCCACAGCUCAGUGCAGCAGAGAUGCGACGGAUCCUGGAGAAAUCCCCCGAGGCUGAGCAGUGGAUGGAGGAGUCGGUGCUGGUCGGUUGUUCAGAUGAGCACAUACCACACUUUGCCCUGGAUUUAGCAGGGGCCUUGGAGAAAUCAGUGAUUGAGUCUGAACUGCAGGGAUCGUUUACUGACCUCCGAAAGGCUCUCUUUGUGGUGGAUGGGAAGGAUUCUCCUCUGCUGGCUUCGGCCCAGUCCCUUCUCCGGUGGCACGAUUCCCACCAGUACUGUAGCAAAACUGGGCAGCCCACUCAGAAAAACCCAGCUGGCAGCAAGCGUGUCUGCCAGGCCAGUGGAAUCACCUACUACCCCCAGGUGUCUCCAGUGGUCAUCACCCUGGUGUCCAACGGCAGCCGCUGCCUCCUGGCCCGCCAGCCCUCCUUCCCCCCGGGCAUGUUCACGGCGCUCUCGGGCUUCUGUGACCUGGGUGAAACCGUGGAGGAGGCGGUGCGGCGGGAGGUGGCAGAGGAGGUGGGGCUGGAGGUGGAGUCGCUCCGGUACUCGGCGUCCCAGCACUGGCCCUUCCCCAGCGGCUCCCUGAUGCUGGGCUGCCACGCCCUGGUGGGAGCACAGCAGGCUGAGAUCAGUAUGGACAGCCUGGAACUGGAGGAAGCCCGUUGGUUUGGCCUGGAGGAAAUCGUGGAGGGCCUCAAGAGAGAGCCCAGAUCUUCAAAACAAGAUGAUGGGAGUUCUUUACCCUGGUUCCCUCCCAAACAGGCCAUUGCUCACCAGCUGAUCCGUGAGUGGGUUAGGCAGCAGAGUGCCCAGGCUUAGGCAGGGCUUCAUCAAGUCUGAGAUUCUACCAGAACCAUGAAAGCUCCAUAGAAAAGCCUCCAAAGCCACUGGAGGCAAAGGCUGUGUCCCAGUGAGGACAGCACCACCCUGGUGGCACUCUGAAACUCAGAUCCACUGGCCUCCAAAGCCACGUCUGAUCUGAUCACCCUCAGACAGUCCCACGUACACUGGGUCUCCUCUGAGAUCCCAUGACUCGCAGUAAAUGCACAAUAAAAUUCUUAGUUCCAAAGCAUCAAACUUGCUGUGAUCAGCUGACAGUGAGCCCAUGGCACCUUUGUCCCUUUUUCCUCCAUUUUUCCCAUCUUGGAUGGAUAUCAAAAGCACAGUCUUUCCAGGAAAAAUAAAGGGACAGUGACAUCAUCUUUAUAUGGAUCUGGGAGAGCUAUCAAAAAGAAGAAGAAAAGCCACUGCUUGUAUGCUCUCCCCUUCUUCUGUCUCUCUUCCCAUUCAAUCUUCCAGUUUCAUAUAAAACACCCAGGUUUGGUUGUUGUUUUUUUUUUUGCAAAUGGUAAAUGGGCUUCUACUCUGUUGAUACAUCUGAGCAACUGAAAAUAUCUGUAGAGGCACCAUUUUCCCCACCAGUUGCUCUCAUCCCAAGGGAGAGAGAACAGAGCUAUCUGGUGGUAGAGAGGGGAAGAGCAAAACCUACACAAAGGUGUAUUAGAAGAACCCACACGAUGCAAAGGUGACAGGAGCUGCUGCAACAAGGACUGCACUUCCAACAGGGAAAGACCCUGAAAGGAGCAGUGCCUCUUACCCUGAGGCCAAAGUCUGUGGCUUGCCUGGAGAGCUGGUCUCGUUUUACUGAUGGAAUGGUACCAUCCCUCUGGAGGGAGAGCAGCACAGAGGCAGUCUGGGCAGGGCAAGAGCCAGAUGAAAGGAUGUUUGAGGUGCUGCUGAUCCAGGCUGACAGUCCUUUGUGCCUGCUCGGUCAGAGUUCAGCUGCCAAGGCUGCAAAGCCAUCAGUGUGGGCACUUGGAGGGGGGACAGGGAUGUGUCACUGCCUGCAGCGCUGGGACUCACUGUGGGGGAGAUCUCAGUCCUGCCACCUGAGCAGGGAGCAAUAAAGAAGGCUUGUCACGCUGCUCAGACACACUUUGAUUCCUCAGGUGGUUUUUACUUCAGGAGGCUGGGAGGGGAUUCUUUCAGGACUUGGUGGCGUAUUCAAACACCCUUCCUAGCCUGACUCUCAGUCAAUAAAAGCCCCGUGUCAGAGCGUGUCUGCCAUGCCUGUGAACUCGAUCUGUCACUCAUCCUGGGAGGAA